CAACCCUUGCUUUGAUGAGUGUGUGCGUGUGUGUGUGUGUGUCUAUCAACUGAGAAAAUAAAAAUUAUUUAGAACGGCAACGCGAGCAGCGAGUACGGAAAAAUUUAGAAAAACUCGAAAAUCGUUGUUUAUUUUGCACGUAAUAUUAAUUAGUUGGUUGGAGCGCAUAGCUAGUUCGGCGUAAUGAAUUUUGGAAAUAGCGCUUACGGCAUCGGACAGCGGCGACCCGUAAAUAAUGCGCCGUCUUUUGCGCCAAUUCGCAGUGGCAGCGGCAUCGGCAGCGGCAUUGAUGACAACUUUCGUGGCAUUCAGUCGCAGUCAAUGAACUACGGACGUGCGGACAGUUUUAGCCGCAACAACAACAAUAACAGCGGCAGCAGCUACGGCAACAACAAUAACAGCGGCAGCAGCUACGGCAACAACAACAACAGCGGCAGCAGCUACGGCAACAACAACAACAGUGGCAGCAGCUACGGCAACAGCAACAGUCAACGCUUUACGAGCAUCGAUGGCAAAUUUGGCAGCAUGCAAUCGAUUAAUUAUGGUCGCUCCUUGGACAACUUGGGAGGCGGCUACUCCAAUCAACGUUUUGGUGGCAACCCCAGCAAUAAUCGUGGUGUCGAUAGUUUAAAUAUUGCAACCAGCAAAAGUAACUAUAAUGACAAUUAUCGUGGACAGCAGCAAUCGAGUUUCAUGGGACGCUCGAUGAACAAUGCGAGCGAUAACAAUCGAGCGAUAAAUAAUCUCGAUUAUUCUGCUGGCAAUCGCGGCAGCGACAAUUUUCGUCGACCAACAGCAGCACCACAACAACAGCAACAACAAGCGCAGCUAUCAAAUUUAAAUCUAACACGUUCAGUUAGCGAUCUUGGCUAUAAUAAUGACAACAAUCAGCGUUUUUACAAUAAUCAUAAUGAACGAAUCGAUACAUUCCGACGUGCCGAUAACUUUAGCGAUAACUACCGCGGCCAGGUAUCGAACAAUUUGGGACGCACUGGCGCCAAUUUCAAAUUCAACAAUGACGGACGUUCAAAUAAUUCACCCAACUUUGGCUAUAAUAAUAAUAGUAAUAUUAAUAAUAACAAUCGCAGUUUUGAUGACAAUUUUAACAACAACAAGAAUAUUCCGAAUAAUUUGCCACAGAAUUAUCGUGGGCAACAGAACGAUCAAGCAUUGGCCGUAAUUAAUGAUACCGUCAAUGCAUUAAUGACAAACAGUAAUUAUAACUUUAAUAAUUCGGCUAAUUUCAAUAGAAAUCGCAACUUUAACAACACUGGUCCGAAUCCCAACAACAACUGGGCCAACAAUCGGCCACAACAACAACAACAAGCAAUAAAUUCUAAUCUAAAUCAUAAUAAUCAAGGAAAGGUGUUUAAGCCACCGAUUAAUCGAGCUCAAGCUCCGAUAACAUCUCGCAAACCAGCUGCCAAUUUUGGUAAAUUCCAGGGCAAUAACCGCAACCAGAAUCAACCCAUCAACAACAAUAUCAACCCUAGAACCAAGCCAGAUCAGGCCAACAACAGAAGGAACAACAUUGUUAACAGCAAUGUUAACCCCAAUGUUAAUAAACAACAGACGUCGCAUCAAGCUCUGGCCAAGAAUACUAACGGUGGCCAAAAGCCUCAGUCUCUGUCUCAGUCUCAGGCCAAAGCUGUAGUGGCUCCCAAGACCGCCCAAAAUACUCAAGCCAAGUCCAACGUGAAUUCCAAGCCGGAGAUAAAGAAGCAAGCAACCGAUGCUAAUCCAAAAGUGGGUCAGAAGCGUGCGGCACCAGCACCGUCACCAGCACCGUCUGCAGUACCAGCUGGAGCAGCUGGACCACAAUCUGCCACAAAAGCGGAUAUCAAGCGUCGCAAGCUGGCAAUAAAGCGAGGAUUCCUGCUGGGUGGUUUCAAGCUGCCGUAUGUGAAUAGCAACAAGGUGGCAUUACCACAGCCGGAGGAUAAAUCCUAUGCGGUGAUGUUCUUCGAGCAGGCUCUGAUCUACAGUACAAGCGGCGAGGAGUUGGAUGAUGAGACGACAGCGGAGAUAAUUCCGGAUAAUGAUGGCGAGGGCAAGAAUGCGGGACGGACGCUGGUGAAACGGAUACGGAAACGUUUGCACUAUGAGUUGACUCAGUUGGAGGAGUCGAAGAAAUAUAAAUCAUGGCUCAGCUGGUGGACGGAUUACAAGUGGUGUGAAAAGGCCAUACAGAAGCAGCUGGAUACAUUUGGUAGUGUCAAUCUAAGGGAUUGCUUCAUACCGGAUCUACCUCGUCUAACCACCGAACAGGUGGUCGAUGUCAUUGUUAAGCAGGCACAAUUCGGGUUGGAAAAGAAUUCCGAUAACUAUUUCAACAACAUGAAAUCGAUUCUGACCCUAAUGAAUGUCACAUUUUUGGAGAACCUUAAAAUGCCCAAUACCGAAAAGGUUCAGGACAUGAUCCGUGCUGUCCCCAACGAUUUUUGGUCAUACAAAAUGCGCAGCAUGGUCUAUUUGUGGGCUCAGUACCUAAAAAUCUCCAAAACCUCGUCCCCGUCAACCGAGACGGGCGUCAAGGAACUGCAGGCUAUUGCCAGAGAUUGGAAGAAUCCUCUAUUCCAUUGGAUUGCCAAGCAGGCCUUUGAUGAGCUUAAGGCAAUUAGCGAAGUGGAGUGGCCGGAACACAAGCAGCAGUACGAGGAGUUGCAAUCAUCGGAACCUACAUCUUGAAUAAGUUAUAUAUCUGCUUGUAUGCAUUUCAAUAGAAUAUAAACAACGUAACAAGAUUAUACAUAGAAUGAUAAUAAAAAUCGAAUGCAUACAUAUAA